UCGUCACCUUUCAUCCCUGGCUCCUCCUUUGAACGACGUCAUGCCACAGCCUUUCUCCAUCAUUCUUAUGGGCGACAGAAUGCCUCAGCCUUUAUGAAGAAAGGAGAGAUGUUCAGGCAUGAUGUCACAUGGAUGACUUCGGAGGGAGGAGGAUGAACAAGGAAGCUGGGCCUGUAAGGCAAACGUAAGAGGCAGGAGGGAGGAGGAUGAAUGGGACAGAUACGAAGUAAGAGGGGAAUACAUGACCGUUGCCAGUAGUUGGACAGGCAUUGCUAAUCCUCAGGAGAAUUGUGGACCAGUAAAACUGAAUGCAAUGGCAAUUUGUUAAGACCCUUGAAAGUAAAAAAAAAAAAAACUGGUCAAUGCGCUGCUCAAAAUUCAUUUGCAACUUUCCAGGUUUCUGCCAAAGUAUAUGCCAUAACGAUCAGUUAACUACUAAAAUAAGACAUGAUGAAGCAAGCUGGAAUGUUAAAAGUUUUUUUACAGCAUCGGUUUAUGUUUCCCACUGCAUUCUUUUUAAGAACUGCUCUUGUUCUGUUUGGAGUAUACCAAGAUCAGACCAUGCUGGUGAAAUAUACUGAUAUUGACUAUCAUGUUUUCACAGACGCCGCUCGAUACCUCACUCAGGGGGUCUCACCAUACAAGAGAGCGACAUAUCGUUACACUCCAUUGUUGGCCUGGAUCCUCACGCCAAACAUUUAUGUCACAGAGCUGUAUGGCAAGAUGUUAUUUGUUUGCUGUGACCUGAUAGCAGCAUACCUAAUCUACAGAAUCCUUGUGCACAGGGGGAUAAAAGAAGACUCUGCAAACCUAUACAGUGCACUUUGGCUCUUUAACCCUCUGCCCAUGGCUGUGUCCAGUAGAGGAAAUGCUGAAUCAGUUUUAGCUGUGCUUGUGCUUUCUGUUUUGUAUUAUGUGCAAAAGUGCAGCCUUAUAAAAGGAGCUUUAAUCUAUGGACUCUCUAUUCAUAUGAAGAUUUACCCAAUAACUUACAUCCUCCCUAUAGCUUUGUUCUUUCAAACAGAAGAGGUUUACGAGAGCAAAGGAGGAAAAAGAAAUGGCUCAAAAUUCAAAUUUAUAAAAUCAUGUAGGAAUCUUUUGUACAGACUGCUUUCUCGUGACAUUCUACUAUUUGUAACUGUAUCAAGUGUGACUUUUGCCAUGCUGACAUUUUUAUUUUAUUACAGAUAUGGUUGGGAAUUUCUUGAACAUACGUACCUCUACCAUCUGACUAGGAGGGAUAUUCGGCACAAUUUCUCCCCAUAUUUCUACAUGCUUUAUUUGACUGCUGAGAGUAAUAGCAGCUUUAUCCUGGGCCUUGCAGCAUUCUUUCCUCAACUCAUCUUACUCUUUGCGGUGUCUCUAGCCUACUUCAAAGACCUCCCUUACUGCUGCUUCCUCCACACUGCUAUUUUUGUAAGCUUCAACAAAGUGUGCACCUCUCAGUAUUUCCUGUGGUACCUCUGCCUGCUGCCUCUGGUGAUGCCUGGGCUGAAGAUGUCAUUGGCCAGUGGGAUAUUCCUUAUAAUACUAUGGUUCUUUGGUCAGACAAUAUGGUUGGUUCCUGCAUAUUUCCUGGAAUUUGAAGGCCAAAAUACAUUUUUAUACAUCUGGUCGGCUGGAUUAUUAUUUUUGCUUAUUAAUACUGUUAUUGUUGUUCAAAUCAUCACAAAUUAUCAGUUACAGAGUAAAAAGACCAAGAAAGCAUAGACCGAACCAGUCUAUUAUAUUGUUCUUUUUUGCACUGAAUACAGUCCAGACAACUUUUCCCUCCUAAUCUUCUUUUAAUUCACUAUGGUUUUUGGCAUUUAUUUUAAGUAUUAUAAAUAAAGGUUAAGUUUUACCUCAUUUCAAGGUGGGAACUCAGGUUCAUACAGUGGGAGGGUGCAAACCUAUGGAUCAUACUUUUUUUCCUCUCUUGUACUAGUUAUAUCAUUUAUUAUUUGACCCUGCACACCACUAACUUGUUCUUACAUCUCAGUCAAUGGAAGGUGCUACCUACCACUCUCUUAACUCAUCUAUUUAAGUAUUGUCAGUUGACUGAUUGUGGGGUAAUAAUAUUUACUCAAAUAACUGUAUAACAUCUUUCCAUACAGUGUUUAAAGUGAUACUGACACUAAAAAACUACUUUUUAAAAUAUGAAAGUAUAUUUAAAGUUACCUAUAGGUCAUGUUGAUGUUUUUUUCUGAGAGGUUUGUUUUUGUAAGUAAUUGUUAGUUGAAGUUCCUAAACCUGACUGUUUUGCCAACCUGACUGUCCCUUAUCAACCUUAAGAUUUUUAAUGCUAACGGACUCCUGCUGCACAAAUAUGGCUGCCCCCUCAUACAGGAACAUGGGGCAUAUGACAGGUAAUGCAAAAGCAUUGUGCAAAUACUUUAUGGCAAAGUAGCUUGCAAAGGCAGUAUUAUGACAGAUGUAAAAAAGAGUUUAAUUUUCAGUGUCAGCAUCUCUUUAAGUAAUAUGAGAAUUUAUGGGAUUAGUCCUGCGCUGAGUAGAGUUUUCCAUUUCUGACUGUUUUCAGAUGACAAGGCACCUCCCUUGUAUGUUUUUUCCAAUUAAUUCUAAACCUUUACGAGAGCAAUGAGAGAAUGAAAUUUUGGCCAGGAAAAUGUAGUAUUAGCUGAAACUGCUUUCUGAGUUAAGUUUUUCCUGUGAAGCAAGGUUGCAUAAUAGAAAAAAUAUGCCAAAGAAUUUUUUUUUUUACUGUUUUUCUUAACAGUAAACACCUUUUUUAGGCCUGUCAGUGUAGUACUGCACAACCAGGGUUAUCUUGCCUGGCAAUAUUGAACAAGCCCAUUGUGGAGAAAGAAAGUAUGGAAAUAUUUUAUCUGAAGAGUCUGAACAUUGGGUGGUGGUGUUUCUUGGUAACCAUGUCAUAUCAAUACCUCUGAACAUUUUAAAUAAAUAAAUGUAUGUAAUUAGAA